AUGUCACUCUGCUGUGGAAAGCGCCAGUGCAACAGACGGAUAGUAUUGUACACAGCGAACGUGCUAGCCGCUCGUAUCGUUCUAGAUUUACAAAAAAGAAACUCGCAUGGAAAGCACGGAUUCACAAUCCCAACGCGCGACCUCAGUUGGCCCCGCAAUAACGAACUUGGCGUCGACAGCUCACGUAAUUGUAAACAAAAGUUGGAUAUUGAAACAACUGCAAAGCUUAUCUCGCGUACAAAACGUGCAAUCCACGUUGAUGUCCCAACCGCAACCCGCGCGCAUCAUACAACCCCCACCUCCCCAUACGCGCCGCAAGUUCACCCCCACACACUGUCGGCAGCAUUCGCGGCGUCACGUGGUGCGUUUGGAUACGGCGAUGACCUGUGUGAUCUGACUGGAGCCGAUGCCCUUGCCAUCGAUCUUCAUGUCAAUGUUCUUGAGGAAGAUUCUCCAGAUAUCGUCGUGGUUACGGUAGUGUCCAAUGACGCCCUUAAUAACGGCUUUGGUGCGGACCUGCGUGGCGAGGGCGUCAAGCAUGGCGCGGCUGAAGUGGUCCAUGACGACGUCGCGCAAUUCAGGAGUGAAAAGCUCUGCCGUGACGAGUUCGUCCAGCGUUUCCUCCAGGUCCUGUCCGAGCAGCGACAGGCGGUAGUGCUCGAAGGAGCCGGACAUCGUGCUGAGAACUUCGCGGGAGGUGGGGGUGGGGGAGAGAGUGUGCGGGGGUGGAUGCGGGGAGAAGUGAGUGACGGCUGA